AUGCCAGAAACGGAAGCCAUCGUCGUCAUCGGCGCCGGCGUAAUCGGCCUCACAACAGCCCUGCGCCUCCAACAAUCCCUCCCGAAAAACACUACCAAAUCAAUCCUCCUCGUCGCCCGCGACUGGCCCACCACCACAUCCCUCAACUACGCCUCCCCCUGGGCCGGCGCCCACUACCGCCCCGUCCCCGGAAAAACCGCCCAAUCCCUCCGCGAAGAAUCGCAGGCACAGGCUACAUACGCGUACUUCAAAACCGCCUCCCAGGAUCCCGCCUCCGGGAUUGCAAAGGUCGAGGGGAUCGAACAUCUCGAGAACCCACCGGCGGAGUAUCGCGACCAGAAGGCUAUCGAGACGUACUACGGGCACCUCGAUGGGUUUCGGUUUCUGGAGAAGAGCGAGUUGCCGGAGGGGGUUGUGUGGGGGGUUCGAUACGAGACGUUUGUAGUCAAUUCGCCGGUCUAUCUGGCGUAUUUGCUGCGCAGGUUCAUCUUGCUUGGUGGGCGGACGAGGGAGUAUACGCUUGCGGAUCCGCGCGAGGCGUUCUAUCUCGGCGAGAAUGUGCGGACUGUUGUUAAUUGUUCUGGGGUGGGGUUUGGGGAUGAAAAAAGCUUCAUCAUUCGAGGCCAAACCUGUCUCGUCCGCAACCCCACCACCACCACAUUGACCCGCCAAAACACCGACGGAACCUGGUCCUUCUCGAUCCCGCGCCCGCUCGACGGCGGAACAAUAAUCGGGGGCACAAAGGGUCCGCACGACUGGGACCCGAACCCCUCUCUCGCCGUCCGCGAGACGCUCCUACGCAACGCAAAGAAAUGGUUCCCGUUUACUGAGGAAAGUAAGGGGGAGUUUGAUGUUGUAAGGGAUAUUGUUGGACGGAGGCCGGCGAGGGAGGGCGGGAUGAGGAUUGAGGUUGAGCAUGUUGCAGUUGGGGGUCCUGGGAGGGCAGAAAAGGGGAGGAGGAUUGUGCAUGGGUAUGGUGCGGCCGGGAGGGGGUAUGAGCUUUCGUGGGGGGUUGCGGGGGAUGUUGUGAAGCUUGUGUUGGAGGCGGGGGAAGGAAGCAGCGAGAAGGCGAAGCUUUAG